UUUCACCAUUCCAUUCAAUUCUCUUUCUAAUUUCAUUCAUUCCUCCACGGAUUCUGGAACCUCUUCUUUUGAUUUCAUUUCAUCAUUCUCUCCUUUGAUCCAUCCUCUGAUAACAACACUCAUGUCUACCUGAAAGAAAUGCCAGCAACGGAUUAUCAAGGUCCAUCUGUUACUUUAUCAUCAUCAACCAUUAAUCGAGAUCACAAGAUUCAUUCAAUGGAUUCCACAAAUGACUCUAUUGAUAUCGAAGCAUUUCAGAGACAAGUCGCCGAUCGAUUCCACACAUUAUCCGCUGUAGAUCCCAACGAUCUCCUUUCACUCUCAUGGAUGGGUAAGCUUCUUGACGUUUUCCUCUCUUCUCUUGAUGAAUUCAGAAUGAUAAUGCAUAAUAACAAAGGAGUUGUUAAUAAAGCACCAAUUGAUCGAAACAUUCUCGAUUUAUUCGAGAGAAGUCUGAAAGCUCUCGAUGUUUGUAACGCGAUUCGUGACGGGAUUGAACAGAUCAGACAGUGGCAGAAACAUAUGGAAAUUGUUCUUUGCGCUUUGGAUAAUCAGAAAAGUCUUGGAGAAGGUCAAUUUCGUAGAGCGAAGAAAGCGCUUAUUGAUUUAGCUAUCGGUAUGUUGGAUGAGAAGGAACCGAAUGUAUCUAUGGCUAAUAGAAAUCGAUCAUUCGGACGCAAUUUUGUUCAGAAAGAUCAGAAAUCGUUGAGUAAUUUCAGAUCAUUAUCUUGGAGUGUUUCCAGGUCAUGGUCUGCUGCUAGGCAGCUUGUUGUGUUAGGAAACAAUUUGUCUGCACCUAAAUCAAAUGAAAUUGCUGCUACAAAUGGACUUGCUUUAGCAGUUUAUACAAUGAGUUCGGUUCUUCUGUUUGUAAUGUGGGCACUCGUGGCUGCAAUUCCUUGUCAGGAUCGCGGUUUACAGACUCAUUUUAACAUCCCCCGUCAAUUCAUUUGGUCAGUUCCGAUUGUUUCUCUUCAUGAGAGGAUUAUGGAGGAAUCGAAGAAGAAGGAGCGACGAAACUCUUGUGGGUUGUUGAAGGAGAUACAUAGGAUUGAGAUAUGUGCUAGGUAUAUGAACGAAUUAACGGAUUCAGUACAGUUUCCAUUGACGGAGGAGAAGGAGCAGGAAGUAAGAGGGAGGGUUAUGGAAUUUUCAGAAGUUUUUGAAGGUAUUAAGAAUGGAUUGGAUCCAUUGGAAAGGCAAGUAAGAGAAGUGUUUCAUAGGAUUGUUCGUGGCAGGACUGAGUAUCUUGAUUCCUCAAAGGGAAGCCAUCCUGAAUAAUAGUAGCAUAUUUUGGUUUAAUUUGGUUCAUUUCUCGUGAGCUUUGAUCGAAAAGAGUUGAAUGGUUUUGGUUGGCUAAUUUUGGUUUUCUACUAUGACUUGAAGAUAAUAGAGAAGAAUGGUUCGAAGGUAGUAGUAUAAAGAGAAGAAAAUUGAGGUAACUUUAGUGUAUUUAUUCACUUUUUUGUUGGUUUUAUGGGUUGAACCCAUUAUGUAGUCCAUGUUGUUUCUAUCUAAUCUUACUUAUGUAUAAUCAUGUUAAAAAAAAGUAUAUUUUACUUCUUCAUGGUGAAAAUAUUUGUGGGUUAUCUCUUCAUAAAA